GACUUAUCAUUUGAUGUACACACUGAUACUGCUUUAGAAUUUCAAAAUUAUUGGGAAGUGGAUUUACCUGACAUAGAAUAUGUAUCAGACGAAGAGGUAGAAUUUUUAGAAAAUGAUAAUGACGAUUUUGAAUCUGAUAAUGAAAAUAAUUGUAAACCAGAAGACGAAAUUUUAAAUAGUAGCUAUAAAAGAAAAGCCGUCGAAUAUUGGAAAAGUGGAAAAAAAGGCCGAUACUCUCUUUCAAGAGUGCAACGUCGCUUCAGAAAGGUGAAGUCCCUAACACAAUUAUAUCGAUGGGAAAAUAAUCUACAAAAAGGAGGUAAUCGUAGAGAAAAAUUGUUAUAUAUAUCCCAAUAUGUUUUAAAUCAUUUUAAAGACGCUAAUGAUGAACAACGGAUUAUUCAUGACUUGGAUCUGCGACGAUGGGCGUUAGAAGCGAAAGAACAAAUAGAUCUUCCUUCAUUUAAAGCAGGAGCAACGUGGAUAUUAAAUUUAAAAAAAAAUAUGGAAUUGUAUCCAGAAAAAUAACAAAAUUUAUAAACCGUUCUACAAUAAGAGAUAAAGAACAAUUAAAAGCUGCAUGCCAAGAAUUUAUAAUUACUGUAAAAUCCUUUAUUGGCCUUUUUGGAAUAGAAAAUAUAUACAAUGCUGACGAAAGUGGAUUUAAUUUGGAGAUUCAUUCAGGCAGAACGCUGACCACACAGAUGUUAAAACAGUUGAAACUCUAAUUCAAUCAACGUCAGCAAUAACACAUAAUUAUACAAUAAUGCCCAUAGUUUCUGCAGACGAAAAAUUACAAUCACCUCUCUAUUUGGUUUUGAAAGAAGUUAGUGGAAAUUUUGGUCCACGAGUUGAAGAAACCUUGUUCAGGCCUGCAAACAUUUACAUCGCUGCAUCGAAAUCGGGUAAAUUAACUGGAAAACACUUUCAAUCUUGGUUUACAAAUGUAUUUUUACCCAUAAGUGGAAGCUUCAGUGUGCUAUUAUUAGAUUCUUGGACCGGACAUUGUCCUACAACCCUUCAAGAAUUUAUGCCAUCUGAUAAAGAUGUGCGAAUUUUAACUAUACCAAAAAAGACCACAGGAAUGAUUCAACCUCUUGAUGUUUUCGGGUUCAGAAUAUGGAAAAAUUUUGUAAGAACGUUCAGUGAUCGUGUCGUAUUAUUUAAUUACGAUAUUAAUUUACACUUGAGAAAUAAUAUUAUAAAAUUGCAAUCUUUAACUCAUAUACAACUAUCUUCGCCGCGAUUUCAUAAUCUUUUUAAGUAUGCCUGGUUCAAGAGUGGAUAUAUCGAGGAACGGCCAUCACAAUUUCAAAAUCCAGUGGAUUUCUGUUUUUCUGGAAAAGACAUACAGGAUGUACCACAAUGUUCCAUAUGUAACGCCCCGGCAGUAAUACGUUGUUCUUGGUGCAAGCAAUACCUUUGUAUGCAUCAUUUUUUUGAGCAAUAUCAUGAUUGCAAACAUUAUGAGGAAUAAAAAUAAUGUAAGUACCAAUAAAAAUAUUUGGAAAAAGAUACGAAGAUAGAUAAUUGUAAUAAAUUAUUUAGACAAUUAAAUAUUUAUAACAACUACAUUUAUGUUACAGAAAAAGCCUUCAAAUAUAUGUAUGGCAUAAUACUUUUUAUCAGCAUGGUGAAAAUGUCAUCCAUAAAAUGCAUGCGUAUAUUUUAUGUAUAUGGAAAAAAUAAUUUGAUCUUAUGUAAUGGAAUACAAAUACAACAUAUUUAACCAAAUUCGUUGUGUCAGUUAUAUUGUGUAAAAAAACAGUACAGUUAAAAACUUUCAAGAAAUAAUCUCUCCGAAUAUACUAAAUGCGCACGUGAUUUUUUACGCAACGUUUUUCAGAUUUUUAUUAAUAGUUGAUAAUGACAAACUAAUCUUGUUUACGUCUAGAAAACUUCUAAAAUUAGACGUAGAUAUAACUGACGUUUUUUAGACGUAAAUAAGAUUAGUAUUAACAUACACUCGCAAAUUAUAAAUACAUUCAUUAUUAUAUUUACAUUUUUUAUUGUUUUUAUUACAUUUAUUUAUUUAUGUAAUUUCAAUAUGUAAUACGCCCCGAGACAUAAACAUCAUAAGUAGAUAUAGAAUGUAUGGACAACGCUUCGAGUCGUGUAACAACAUGGAAAUACCGUGUGUAAAUUGUGGUGUACCUCAUAAAAUAAAGGCGCCUUAAAAAAUAUUUUAUUAAUUACUACUAAUAACUAAUAAUUAAACUUUAUAAUAAUAAAUAAAUAUUACAAACUGUUGGUAUUAUUACUUUCUGUUUAACCAUUGAGACAACUGUAAAAGAACGGGCGACGGUAAAUAUAACAAUAUUAUGUGUAAUUAAAUAAUAAUUAAUUUAUUAACAGAAAUUAUUUUACAGUCUUAUGCAAAAGUUUAUUAGUUUAUUCAGAAUAAAAAUAUGUUAUACCUUAUAAUGUUUUAAGAUAUCCUAUAGAUUAUACACAUAAAAACCACAAGUAGUGUGUAACAAGUUCAAUUAAAAAAAUUAUUUUUUCGAAAAAUAAACAA